AUGUUUUGGUACACCAUGAGCUACCUUGAGCUUGUUGAGCUUGGUUGCAGCCACUGCUUCAAGCGCCCUUUCUUCCAAUGUUCCUACCUUUCGCUAAUCCAGAAAAUGAAGCCUGUAUUUUACCAGGAGGAGGAGAGUUUCACCCCCGUGGGAUUUGAGAAAACA